AUGAUUGAAGUACUCCAUCAGCAGCACGAACAGAAGUGGUGGAAAGAGGCGGUGGUGUAUCAGAUCUACCCAGCCAGCUUCAAAGACAGCAAUGGCGACGGGGUCGGUGACAUCCCCGGCAUCAUGUCCAAGCUGGACUAUAUCCGCGACCUGGGAGUCGACGUGAUCUGGGUGUGCCCACACUACAAGAGUCCCCAGGUCGACAUGGGCUACGACAUCCAAGACUAUGAAGACAUCCACGACAAGUAUGGCACGCUCGAGCAGACGGAACAGCUGAUCAAGGCCGUGCACGACCGGGGCAUGCGGAUCAUCUUCGACUUGGUCAUCAACCACACCUCGAGUCUCCAUGCCUGGUUUCAAGAGUCCCGGUCCUCCAAGACAAACCCUAAAAGGGACUGGUACAUCUGGCGUCCCGCCAAGUACGAUGUCAACGGCAAGCGGUGCCGUCCGAACAACUGGCGGAGCAAUUUCUCGAAACCUGCCUGGACCUGGGACGAGACCAGUCAGGAAUAUUAUCUGCACCUGUACGCGCCCGAGCAACCAGACCUCAACUGGGAGAAUAAGGAGUGCAGACAGGCGAUUUACCGGAGUGCCAUCAAGUUCUGGCUGGACAAAGGCAUUGACGGGUUCCGCAUCGACACGGUCAAUCUCUACUCCAAACACCCAGGGCUGCCCGACGCUCCCGUGGUCUAUCCCGAGAGUGAAUCGCAGCCGGCUAUGAUGUACUACGCUAACGGGCCGCGGAUGCGAGAGUACCUGUGCGAGAUCAACGACAUACUCGCCAACUACGACACCAUGACGGUCGGUGAACUGCCAUACACGCCAAACGAAGCGGACGUCAUGGCGUAUAUCUCGGCACGCAACAAGCAGCUGAACAUGGUCUUCAACUUCGACGUGGUCGACCUGGGCCAGACUCCGGGGGCGCGCUUCAUCCCGCGGCCUUUUACCACCACCGACUUCAAACGCGAGCUCUUCAAAUGGCAAUCUGUAAUCGAAAACACCGACGCCUGGACGACUGUGUUCCUGGAGAACCACGACCAGGGCCGCUCCGUGUCACGCUUUACCUCCGAUCUGCCCGAGUACCGGGUGCGUGCGGCCCAGAUGCUGGCCGUCGUCCUGGCCACGCUGACGGGGACGUUGUUCAUCUACCAGGGACAGGAGAUUGGGAUGAUCAAUGCCCCACGGUCAUGGUCGGCCGAGGAGUACAAGUGCAUCAAGUCGGUGUCGCACCUGAGCGAGGUCCGGGAGAAGUCACCGGGAGAUCCCAAGGCGCUCUCUGAAGCGCUGGACAUUUUGCAGAAGGUGGCGCGCGACCACGCCCGCGUGCCCAUGCAAUGGGAAGGCCGAGGCACAAGAAACGCUGGGUUCUGCCCCGACGAGGUCAAGCCGUGGAUGAGCGUGCUAGAGUCCCACGAGACCAUCAACGUGGCGGACCAAGAGGGUCACAAGGGAAGUGUGCUGGAGUUCUGGAAACAAAUGGUGCGGCUGAGGAAGACACACAAGGACGUCUUUGUGUACGGCAAGUUCCGCGAAGUUGAGACUGGCGCGCCAGCAGAUGAAGAUCUGAUCGUUUUCGUCAAGGAAGGACACGAUGGGACAAAGGCCGUGACCGUGGCCAACAUGUCCACGAAAGAAAAGGAAUGGACUUCUUCUUCGGCGUCCGUGUUGGAGGGUGGUCGAGAGUUCAGCCUCGCCGUUACGAAUGUCGAUGAGGGAAGCCUCACGGAGAAUCGCUUGCAACCGUUUGAGGCAAGAGUAUACCUUUCGGCAUCAUAG